UAUACGAUUACAUGAGCUAUUUGAGCGUACACGAGUAUCCAGAAAUGUAGGGUAAUGUCAGACCAUAUUAUAUUGACGUAAUCUCAAGGAGCUUUAAGAAACAAGACUACUUAACUGUAAUAUCUGCAAUGGGAAUUCAAGGUUUGAUACCAUUUUUGGACAAAGCAACCCGAAAGGUCAAUAUUGGACAAUAUAGUGGCUGUUGUGUAGCUAUUGAUGCCUAUUGUUGGUUGCACAAAGGGGCAUACAGUUGUGUUGAAAAACUAGCGAGGGGAGAACCGUGUGAUGCAUAUGUGCACUAUUGUAUGAAAUUUAUAAAUAUGUUAUUAUUCCAUAACAUUAAACCAAUUCUUGUGUUUGAUGGGCAGCAUUUACCGGCAAAGACUGCAACUGAGAAGAAGCGCCGUGAAUCUCGUCAGAGCAGUCGGAAGCGGGCAGCUGAACUGCUUCGGGCUGGAAGGACAGAUGAGGCUAGAAACUUUCUGAGGCGAAGUAUUGAUGUAACACAUGAAAUGGCACUUGCAUUGAUUCAUGAGUGUCGUCGCCGUAAUGUGGACUGCAUUGUGGCUCCUUAUGAAGCAGAUGCACAGCUUGCAUACCUUAACUUGAAAAACAUUGCGCAGAUUGUCAUAACAGAAGACUCGGAUCUUGUGUUGUUUGGCUGCACAAAGAUUCUGUUCAAGAUGGACCUAGCAGGAAAUGGUCUGUUGGUGGAACAGGAGCACUUGCACUUGGCAAUGGGCACUCGGCCAGAGAAAUUCAAUUUUGACAAGUUCCGUUACAUGUGCAUCCUCUCAGGUUGUGACUACUUACCAUCUUUGCCUGGCAUUGGCCUCUCCAAAGCAUGCAAGUUCAUCUUAAGGACUGCUGAUACAGACAUUCAUCGGGCAUUGUCCCGGUUGCCAGCCCAUCUCAAUAUGAAGUCUCUAACGGUAUCUGAAGACUAUCGCAAUCACUUCCUGCUAGCAGAUGCUGCAUUUAAGUAUCAGCUGGUGUUCGAUCCAUUGUCACGCAGACUUGUUCAUCUAAAUGAACCUCAGGGUUCUGAAAAAGUCACCGAUUAUGCUGGCAAGAUGCUUCCUUCUGAUACUGCUUAUCAACUUGCACUUGGCAAUCUCAAUCCAUUCACAUUACAGAAGGUUGAUGAUUUUAACCCAGAUAUGGUUCAGCAGCGUCAAAAUGUCAAGACAAACUCAUGGAAUCAAUUAUCAGUUGCACCACAUGCCAGCAUUUGGUCACAAGGCUACAAAGUACCAUCUGUAUGUUUGAAACAAGAUCCACGACAAGUUGACAGACCUUCAACAAAGGGCAAGUUACUCAAGAAAGAAGUUUCGUUUGUUACACAGUCAAAAAGACACCAUGACGAUGUUUCAGAUACUUGUCCUGAUGAAGACCUGACAUCCAUGUACUUUGAUAUGUCUGUACAUGAAGAACCUAGGAAAAGGAGACGCUCAGAUAGCUGUGAGUUGGAUGAACCUGAAGUCGAGAAAGAGAACAGUCCAGUCACCACGCCUACAAAGCAGGGUAGCUUGACUGAGAAGCUGGCCUCAGAAGAAUCUGCAUCAGAGGUGACAUCUUCAAAGCAUAGCUUGCCCACCGAGCUGACUUCUCCAGUCCUGACAACUGGAAGGAACAAGAGGAAUCCGUUCUUCAAACAGAUGUAUCCUGAUAGUCCUCAAAAGGAUCUCAUAGGAUCUUCUCCGAGUCCUUCUGCUACUGGAGGCCGAGAAUGGAAGUUUAGUGCUCUCAGCAAGUUUGGCAGACUGAAGUGGACACAGAUUGAUGACAAAAUUAUAGUUCAGAGCAGGUUCUUCAGCAAGCAAAAGAAUUAUGGAACAAAACAUGUGACUGAGGCUGCAGAUGAAGGAGAUCAACAGACCCUAAAACCGAAUGUUCAGUUACAGGAUGUGUCAAAUAUGUUAAAUACUGACAAUGGUACAAGUGUACUGGAUGUUGAAAGCUACCACAAGACUGAUUCUGCAAGUAAAGAUUGUGUAGUCAAGUCAGAUACCAGGCAGUUCCCUGAUGAUGAUAAGACAAUGAAUGCAAUGUCUUGGCUUGCCACACUUGAUGCAGAUGGCCGAAAGCUUCCUACUGAUUCCUUGACAAAAGAAUGUUUAUUAGAUUGCAACACAUCACAAUCAAGCAUGCAGAAACUGUUUGUCACCAAGUCAAACACUGGUUCUCGUAACAGAAUCAAGACUUCAGCAGCAGGAACAACAUCUCUCUCAAAGGCAUUUUCUUGGUCUGACAACAAAUUUGGUUUCCAGAAACCUAAGAAUAUCUCAUCCCUCAAUAGAUCAGAUGCUUUGAUAAAAGACUUUAAGAAUCCUUUCAGGAAGACAAACUCUUCUCCUAAAGAUGAAUCAAUGCAAAAGACUACUGAUAGGAUUUCUGUGAAUGAAGCUUGUGUCUCUACAUUGCCAUCGCUGUCGGUUGAAGAGAAGGAAGAGAUGGUGGAUGAUCCAAGUCCUGCUGAUAGUGGACUGGAAUUAGGUACUUCGGCCUCACCUGAUCAGCAGCCAGCCUCUUUUGCAAUCAGUGAUCAUUCUGUGUCUGUUGAUGAAGGUUUUCACAGUCCAAAAUCAUCUCGUAUCAGUCAGUCUCAGUCUGUGGGACUGAAGAGUAAACCUAAGGCUUGUUGUCGACCAGAUCUGAGCAGGAAUGGCAGUAAACAGCAGAGUCUGCUCAGCAUGUUUGGUUUUCAGAAGAAGUCCAAGUUGCAGCACAUGUGAGGCUUGGGACCUGUGUAUGUGUUCACAAACGGUGUUCUGUAAUAUUGAUGAUGUGGGCACUUCAUAUUUGGCAUGUUAGGUUCAAGAAGUGUGCAACACAUAAGCAAUGCAGACAUUGAGGCACAUUGAUGGAACCAUUACACCAUAUAGUGCAAAAUAAUAAUUGCCUUGUGGAGAAGUUGUGUCUGCCAUCUUGUUUUACAUCUUUCCACUUCUCAACUUGUUGUCAAGUGUCUGUAAACUUUUAUACAAACAGUCCUGUUAAAAGGAGACCUCUUUGUGUUGCAGUUUCAUUGCUAGAUUGUGAUGCUGAACUACUGCUUAGCUUGAUAAUGGUUGCAAUUUGUUGUAAAGUACUUUUUAUUACAAUUUUUUAAAUUUUUUUUUGUAAAAUAAAUUAAUUUUAGUUGCUGGGCCUUCAGUAUUCCAUGUUAAUUAUGAAUUUACUGUGGAACUGUACCUCUUUGGUACAGAGAUAUCGGAUUCUGAAUUAAUAAAUUUUAUGUUCUGUGUACUG